AUGAGAUACCACCCCGCCACCCUCCGAAACCACUGGACAUUAACCUACACUCAGACCCUUCCCGCCCUCGCGCGCGCCAAAGAUCCCGUCCAGCCGCACUGGCCCGUCCAUUUGGAUCACUGCUUCGCCCGCAUCAUCCUCGACAAUGCCGUCGGGAUCGAUCGCCCUUGGACGGAGGUUGUGAAAGCCCCGGCCGUGAAGCAUAUGAAUCCCACGCAGCUGAAGGAAGCGUGGUUGUUGGGGAGGAGGAUUUGUGAGGGGCGCGUGGAUUUGGGGGCGUUGAAUGAGAGGAGUUUGGAGUUGAGGGGGAAGGGGAGGGGUGCUGGGAAGAGGAAGGCGGAGGGGGAGGUUAGUAGUGCUGGAGGGAGUGGGAAGAAGAGGAGGACGGGGAAGGAUGGGACGGUUUCUUCUUAUUUCCUGCCUACGUCUCCCGCGAAGGCGAAAGCUUCUACCGAGCAGAAAGGAAGCACCGCCGAGCCCAACGAGGCCGACACUACGCACGAACAAGACACCGCCGACGAUCCCGUCGACAUCCCCGCCCAACUCCGCCGCAUCCAAGCCGCGCCCGAUCUGACCCCCUUCCGCAAACAAGCCCUCACCCUCCUCUGCCAAAUCCCGCGCGGCAGGUACUCCACCUACCAAGCCCUGUCCGACCACAUCACCGCCACCUCGCACCCGACGUGCGCGAGAGCGGUCGGCAGCGCCAUGCGCAACAACCCUUUCGCGCCGGAAGUGCCGUGUCAUCGUGUCCUGGCGAAUGAUGGCAGCUUAGGCGGGUUCAAGGGCGAGUGGGGCGAGGGAGGCAAGUUUGCGAGCAAGAAGCAUGAGCUGCUGUUUGAGGAGGGGGUGAGGUUUGAUUCUAGGGGAAAGGUGAAGGGGCCUGUCUUUAGGGAGUUUGGCGGCAGCGCUUGA